ACCGCAUUAUCAAUUGUAUUUGAACCUACACUCCACUCACUAGAAACAUGUCUGACGCUGCUGCCGCCGCCCCCGCCCCCGCCGUCAAGGCCCCUAAGGUGAAGAAGGCCACUAAGCCUAAGGCCCCUGCUGCUCAUCCUAAGUAUUCUGUCAUGAUUGCUGCUGCUGUGAAAGCUCUGAAGGAUAGAACUGGAUCAUCUCGUCAGGCGAUCUUGAAGUAUAUCUGUGCUAACUACAAGGUUGAUGCUACCAAGGCUGGAGUACAUCUCCGUAUGGCUCUGAAGAGAGGAGUUGCUGCUGGUAAUCUUAAGAUGGCCAAAGCUUCUGGAAAGGGAGCUGGUUGCUACAAAAUUGGAGAGAAGGCUGAGAAGCCAAAGAAGGUCGCCAAGAAGCCCGCUGCAAAGAAGGCUGCUAAGAAGCCCGCCGCCAAGAAGGCAGCAAAGAAACCUGCUGCCAAGAAGCCCGCAGCAAAGAAGCCUGCUGCUAAGAAGCCUGCUGCUAAAAAGCCUGCCGCUAAGAAGCCUGCUGCAAAGAAGCCCGCUGCUAAGAAACCAGCAGCAAAGAAGCCCGCCGCCAAGAAAGCUGCUGCCAAGAAGUAAAUCUUUGACCAAGUAGAAAAGCUAAUGUACCUGAUUUUAGUACACACUCUUCAUGAACAUAAUCUGUAUAUAGAACUUAUAUAACUGGUGGUUAAAUGCUGUUUUGUAGAAAAAUAUUAAAACUCUAGAAAAAAAUAAUAAAAGCUAAAAAUUAAACUUGAAA